UUAUUAUUGUUAAGGUUAACCCAACAACUUAGUUUAAUGCUUUAGCGCUCGCGUAUCUUUUUUUUGUUAAUAUUUUUUGUUGUAAGUCAAGUGUGUGCGACACAGCGACACACACAUAACGGAAGCCAGAAGAUGCUGCGCCUACUACUCGCCAACUGCAGUCGCAGCGACUUGCUCAGCCGCCGCCUGCAGAACGCCAAUCGCCUCUUGCGACAGCAUCAACACACGCUGCUGCGACCCAAGGCAGCGCCGUCGACUGCGACGCCGCCGUCGAGUGCAGCGCGCGCAUUGCAAACGACGCGCGCCCUGCUCCUAGGAGGCGCCACUCUCGCCGGGGGCGUGGCCGUGCGCAGCUGGUGGGCGACAGCACACUGCGAGGCAGCAGCGGGCUCGGGGGGAAAUCGCCUCGCGGGCGUCAUUCAGCAUACGCUGCAGCAGGAGGAACAGCACUUCGACUGGCGACGCUUCUGGUCCUAUUUGGAGCCACACACCUGGGAGCUGAUUGGUGCCAUCUGUGCGGCGCUGAUCGUGGCGUUCAUCAACAUACGCAUACCCAAUCUGCUGGGGGAUCUGGUCAACACGCUGGCCCGGUAUGCCAACACCUAUGUGAUGGACCCCAUUCACAACUCGUUUGUGAAGGACGUGAGCAAGCCGGCAAGCAAUCUGCUCAGUUUAUACAUGCUGCAAUCGGGCUUCACCUUUGUGUACAUCUAUCUGCUGAGUCGCAUUGGCGAACAGAUGGCGGCGAAGAUGCGACAGGAUCUCUUCAAGCAGAUCGUGCUCCAGGACAUUUCGUUCUUCGACGAGAAUCGCACCGGUGAACUCGUGAAUCGCCUCACAGCGGAUGUGCAGGACUUCAAGACCUCAUUCAAGCAAUUCGUGGCGCACGGAUUGCGCAGCGCAGCACAACUGAUCGGUGGCAGCAUCUCGCUCUUCAUGAUCUCGCCCCACAUGGCGGCGAUUGCGUUGGCCGGCGUUCCUUGCGUCGUCAUGUUCAUGACGUACCUGGGCAAAAAGCUGCGAACCCUAAGCAAAAACUCCCAAGCGCAGGCGGAACGCGCCACGGGAGUUUGCGAGGAGGCGCUGUCCAACAUUCGCACCGUGCGCAGCAGCGCCUGCGAAUAUCGGGAGCUGCAGCUGUUCGAGCAGGAGACGAACGAGGCGGCACGAUUGGCCCAGGAGCUGGGCCAUGGCAUUGCCAUCUUUCAGGGUCUGACCAACUUUUUCCUCAACACACUGGUGCUCUCCACGCUCUUCAUGGGCGGCCACCUCAUGUCCACCGAGAGCCUCACGCCGGGCGCCCUAAUGGCAUUCCUCGUCGCCUCGCAGGGCGUUCAACGCUCCUUGGCCCAGGGAUCGGUGUUGUUGGGCACCAUGAUUCGUGGCAUGAGCGCCGGGAGUCGCGUCUUUGAGUUCCUCGCCAUGCAACCGAAGGUGGAGCUACUCCGUGGCUAUGUCAUACCCCCGGAGCGACUCCAUGGCGAAAUACGCUUCGAGAACGUCUCGUUUGCCUACCCGAUGCGACCAGAGCAGCUCGUGCUGAAGGACUUCAGCUUGACGCUGCGACCGGGACAAACGGUGGCUUUGGUCGGCGCCAGCGGAUCAGGGAAAUCAACGAUAGCUGCGCUGCUGGAACGCUUUUACGAACCCACCGCGGGCAACAUCAAGAUCGAUGGCUACAAGCUCGCCGACAUCUCGCCGUAUUGGCUGCGCGCCAACGUGCUCGGUUUCAUUGAACAGCAGCCGGUGCUGUUUGGCACCAGCAUACUGGAGAAUGUGCGCUAUGGCAAACCGACGGCGAGUCCCGACGAUGUUUACGCCGCCUCGAAGUUGGCGCAAUCGCAUGACUUUGUGACCGCCCUGCCCGAUGGCUAUGACACCAAUGUGGGUGAGCGGGGCACACAGCUGAGCGGGGGGCAGCGACAGCGCAUUGCGAUCGCUCGGGCGCUGGUGAAGAAUCCGCGUGUGCUGAUCCUCGAUGAGGCGACGAGUGCGUUGGACGCCACCAGCGAGGCGGAGGUGCAAAAGGCCCUCGACACUGCCGUGCAGAAUCGCACCACAUUGGUGAUUGCCCAUCGACUGUCCACCAUCCGCAAUGCCGAUCUGAUUGUCGUCCUCGAUCAAGGACGCGUCGUCGAGACCGGCAAGCAUGACGAGCUUAUGGCCAAGCGUGGCCUGUACUUUGAGCUAGUGCGUCAGCAGGAGCGACGCGAGAUCCAGGAUCAAGUGCAGGCGGCCGAAGAGGUGUUGUCAACUGCCACGACGGUGACUGCGACUGCAACGCCGUCGACAAAAACAACAACAACGCCGCCAGCAACGACGACGACAACAACAACAACAACUACGCUGCCGCAAGGUUAAAAAAAAACAACAGAGUUUAGAGCAAUGUGACGAAAAUACAUAUGAAUUCCCUGUACAUAAUUUUUUAUUUAUUUUUACAAACUAUUUUUAUUUUAUUUUUUUGAUUGCUAAGUGGAAAUUGUAAUGCAAAUUAGGCAAAUGGAAGCGAAUUAGUUGAUGUUUAAUAAAUGAGAAUACUUGUGUUGAUUUAUGUACACAA